UCGCACAGUGUUUGUCCGGAGCGUGAGCCGCACACCUGUCCGGUUCACACACCUCCACCAAUCAGAGGAGGACGCUCCACGUACAAGAACACAGCCCCGGGCUCCUCUUCUCUUCUCUUCUCUUCUCAGCGUCUGUCCAGGUUCAGAAGAGUCACCAUGAUCUUUCUCACUCUGUUCUCUUUAUUGACUGUGUGUGUGACCGCAGGCGAUGAAGAGAGUGGCUCCGUCCUCAGACUGAAGGAUGUUCCUGCGGCCGAAGCCUUCAUCGACUCGGUAGAAGUGGCUGCAAUCGGCUUCUUUGAGACUGAAGCUGCUCGCGGAUUUAAAGAGUUUCUGGCUGCUUCUAAACAGAUGGAGGCACUUCCUGUUGCUCUGUGCACUGAGAAGGAAGUUUGGGCCAAAUAUGGCAUAACAUCUGACACCAUCUCCAUCUUCAGGAAGGCUGAUCUUCAUCAGGAACACCUGAAGCUCUCAGAGGCGAAGAAGCUUGAUGCUGAUGGACUCGCACGCUUCAUGACCAUGAAUAACAUUCAAUACGUCACAGAAUAUAAUCAAGCGACUGCAGUGGGUCUGUUCCAGUCCUCGGUGAAGACACACCUGCUGCUGAUGGCUGAUGGAGCUCGUGAUGAUUCGGAGCCGCUGCAGAAGCGCUUCAGAGAUCUCGCACCAAAAUACACCGGCAAGAUGUUGUUUGUGCUGGUAAACGGAAGAGAGAAGUCGAACGCCCGUGUGCUGGAGUACUUCGGUCUGAAGUCUCGUGAUCUGCCGCGGAUCGGUGUUUACGAUGGUGUCCUGGACAGGAAGUGGCUCAUGUCUCCGGGUGAGAUCUCUACUGAGCGCAUGCAGAGCUUCUGUGACUCCUUCCUGGAUGGAGACCUGCAGAAGCAGAACGAGGCCCAAACACCCGAAGACAAGACUGAACUAUAACACCAUCCUACUGCUCAUUAAAAAGAUUCAAAUACAAGA